CGGGGCUGCGGGACUCCAGCUGCACAGCGUUCAGACUUUCUUCCAGCUCCCCACUGGCUCCGAAAGCCUGAGCCCCGCCUCGCUUUGACGCUUUAUUUCCUCCCCGGCUCUGCCACUCUGCAGUGUCAGCAGCGCCCAGGAGAGCGGGACCUGCCCCCCAGGCCCGGGGCGGAUCCCUGCUGCAGGGGUCGCUCCCGCCACCCCAUCCCCGUGGGAGAAGGGGCUGCCUGCGAAGAGCUGGGCUGGGGGAGCCGCAGGCCCAGGCUGAGCCCCCCUGCCUGCGAUCGUGCUGGGGUGCUGCCCUCCUGGCUACUCCAAUGCCAGCUGUCCCUGCGCUGCCCCAUAUUCCUCGGGCGGCUGGGCGCUGAGGGGCAGAGCUGCCCCUGUAAAGCCCAGCAUCAGGCUGCGGAGAGCCCGGGGCAGCCCAGCAGCGAGCGAGGACCAGAGGGAGACCGAGAGGACCAGCCAAAGUCCCGCAGUCACCAUGCGGGAACUCGGCCUCCCAUUGGUCCCUGGCUCCCCUCCCCUCGCCUGACGCGGGGCGUGGGGUUUAAAUGCCUCCUGGCUGGAGCCCGCGGAGCCUCUUUGCCCAGAGCUCAUUUGCUGGAGUUUUAUUGCUGGAAAAGAGCGACAGCUCUGGGAGGGGAAGGGGGGUCACCUCAUCCUCUCACUCGCCCCGCCAAUGACCAGUGACUCUAACCCCCAGGAGCCACCCAUGAAGCAUCACUUCACUUUGCAGAACAACAGUUGACGAUCCAAAAAAAUCAGUUCGCAGCUGCCUUCAGCCAUGAGCUGUUUGGAUGUUAUGUACCAAGUUUACGGUCCUCCCCAGCCUUACUUUGCAGCAGCCUAUAGUCCUUAUCACCAGAAACUAGCCUUUUACUCGAAAAUGCAGGAAGCCCCCGAAAGCGCCAGCAGUGCCAGCACUAGCAGCGGCAGCAGCUCCUUCUCCAGUCAUGCCCCUGCCAGCAUCAAGGAGGAAGACUGCAGCCCCGAGAAGGAGCGCCCCCACGAGGCCGAGUAUAUCAACUCCCGGUGCGUCUUGUUUACCUACUUCCAAGGGGACAUCAGCUCCGUGGUAGACGAGCACUUCAGCCGGGCCCUGAGCCAGCCCAGCAGCUACUCGCCCAGCAGUGCCAGCGCCAAGACGUCACGGAGCACCAGCUCUUGGAGGGACGGCUCCUUCCCGAUGAGCCAGCGCAGCUUCCCCGCUUCCUUCUGGAACAGCGCUUACCAGCCCUCCUCGGUCCCGGCCUCCCUGAGCAGCAGCCUGGGCAGCCCCCUGGCCGCCGCCGCCCACAGCGAGCUGCCCUUCGCCGCGGCCGACCCCUACUCGCCGGCCGCGCUGCACGGCCACCUGCACCAGGGCGGGCCGGAGCCCUGGCACCACCCGCACCCGCACCCGCACCCCUACCUGGGCGCGCAGGGCUCCGCCUACCCCCGCGCCGCCGCCAUGCACGAGGUCUACGGCGCCCACUUCGAUCCCCGCUACAGCUCGCUGCUGGUGCCCGCCGCCUCGGUCCGCCCGCACCGCCCGCCGCCUGCCGCCGCGCCCGGCAGCCCCCAGUGCGAGCUGGGCAAGAGCGAGCCCGCCAGCGCGGCCUGGGCGGCGCCGGGCCCUUUCCCCAGCCCGGCGGGGGACAUGGCCCAGGGCUUGGGCCUCAAUGUGGACGCAGGUUUGCAGCCUCAGGAUAAGAGCAAGGAUCUGUACUGGUUUUAGACCUGUCCUUCACCUCUUCUUCCCCUGGGCUCUCUCCCAGUAGAUCUCUGCCUAGUAGAAUUGGUGACAUUCAGAGCUGAAAUCAAGUGGGUUUGUAACAGCUUCUGAUCUUGGUUUUCAGCUCGCCGUUAUUCCUUCUGUGGUGGAUCUCUCCUGAGCUGAUCUGCUGACUCAGAGACCCCCCGAAUCCCCUUCCUCUCUUCCUUCAGACAAGCCCACCACAGCUCAGCAUCUAUGCCAGGCAUUUCAAGGACAAGAACACGGGAAGGCAAUGGGACUUCAUACGACUUGGCAUUUCAAAUACAAUACUUAAGACAUAUUGUGGAGGAUAAAAUUCCUUCAGUUGAAAGAGGAGAGCCAAAGACACUUUUAUUUAAACUAACUCCACACCCAGAACUGUGGUCAGACUGCUUAAAAAAAGUUAAAUUAUGUGGACAGUGAUGUGAAGUCACUGGCCUUCUUAAGGAAGGGGGAGGGAAAGUUGUUGGGUUUUUUUAGUGGUGGUGUGAAUAUUUUUUAUGCCAAUGAGAAUUAUUUCUUGAAAGCAGGUUGGGGAGAUACUCAGUGAUUUUGAACUGGAUUUGUACUUUACAUUAUAGAAAACUGAAAGGAAAGGAAAUUUUAACUCAUGAACACUUUUGGACUGUUAACAAAAUUGGACAGAUCUUUCAGCCUGGGGUUAUGAGUGGCAAAUGGCUAGCUUGGGCCACCUGCCCUAGGCUUACAGAAAUGCAGCUGUUCCAGGGACAACUGUUCAAACUCCAUAAACUUGACAACCAAGGUGGCACUUCUCAGAGUUUGGCACAACAAUUGCAUUGGAUAUAUAUAUAUAUAUAUAUAUAUAUAUAUAUAUAUAUAU